AUGUCACCUCAUCUUGGUCUCCUACAAGUCCUCUCCUUCCUAUUCCUUCUUUUAGCGACACAGGCAGUGACGGAACACACUUCAAACUGGGCUGUUCUCGUUUCCACGUCUCGAUUCUGGUUCAACUACCGCCAUCUUGCAAAUGUACUCUCGCUAUAUCGCACCGUCAAGCGGCUGGGGAUCCCCGAUUCGCAAAUCAUCCUAAUGCUUCCCGAUGACAUGGCCUGCAAUCCUCGAAACGCUUUUCCAGGGACGGUCUACAGUAAUGCCGAUCGCGCAGUUGACUUAUACGGAGAUAACAUUGAGGUAGACUACCGAGGCUACGAGGUGACCGUGGAGAACUUUAUCCGUCUCUUGACCGACCGACUGGACGAAGACGUGCCGCGGAGCAAACGCCUGGGCUCCGACGCUGGAAGCAAUGUGCUCGUUUACAUGACCGGACACGGAGGCGAUCAGUUCCUAAAGUUCCAAGACUCGGAGGAGAUUGGGGCCUGGGACCUGGCGGAUGCGUUCGGCCAGAUGUGGGAGAAGAAGCGUUAUCAUGAGCUGCUAUUCAUGAUUGACACUUGCCAGGCUAAUACUAUGUACACCCACUUCUACUCGCCAAAUAUUAUCGCGACAGGAUCCAGUGCGCUGGAUCAGUCCUCGUACUCUCAUCAUGCGGAUAACGAUGUCGGUGUUGCGGUGAUCGACCGUUGGACAUACUAUGUGCUGGAAUUUUUAGAAACUCAGGUGACAAGUGCCAAUUCAAAGGCGACACUGGGAGAUUUGUUCGACUCGUACGACGAGUCGAAGAUUCAUUCGCAACCGGGCGUUCGGUGGGACCUCUUUCCCGGCGGGGAGCAGGAGGGGCGCCUGAGAACAGUGGUGGACUUCUUCGGUAAUGUUCAAAAUGUCGAAGUCGAGCAUGCGAAUGCCACUGAGCCCGGCUCUCUGAAGGAGGACCUCAUCGAGAUCGCUCGACUGGUGGAAAAAUGGCGCAAGCGUGACCGGGACUUUGCGUCUCGCAGGGAGCCACUUCAUGAGAACAACACUGAUGCACUUCCGUCCUCUCAGUCUACAAAGGCUGGAAAUGUCGUGCCAGUACGCAUGGCUGCUGAAUCUUCUUGGGAAAAGCGGCUCGUUGGAGCAUCUGUUCUGGGCGCAUGUGCCGCAGUCUGGCUCACUGGAUCGAUCUUGGGCAGGUCCUCGGUUUGA